AUGAAGUACACAACUGUGCUCGCUCUUCUUGUCACCUCCGCUGCCGCUCUCCCGGGUAAGGCUCUGAAGAACAACCGGGGUUUGACUAAACGUGCUGUUCGCCAGCAGUCUGUCCCCAACCAGAGGAAUAUCACGCACCCCCAAUACUCUGGUAACUGGGCUGGUGCCGUCCAGAGCGGGCAGAGCUUCACCCACGUUGAAGGUGUCAUUACUGUGCCCCAGGUGAGUGGUGCCUACGGUGCUGCCGCUUCCGCGUGGGUUGGUAUCGACGGCGACGCUUGCCAGCAGGCUCUCCUCCAGACUGGCGUCUCCUUCUACGCCGACGGCACUUUCGACGCCUGGUACGAGUGGAUUCCUGAGGCUUCCUCCUCCUUUGACAACUUCCAAUUGAGCGUUGGCGACCAAAUCAAGAUGGUCAUUAAUGCCACGGGCUUAACUACCGGGGUUGCUACUCUUGAGAAUCUAAGUACUGGCAACAAGGUUACGCACACAUACCACAGCAGCCCCUCGAGCCUUUGCCAGAAUAGCGCAGAAUGGAUCGUUGAGGCCUUCAUGGAAGGGAGCUCAGAGGUUGUCUUGGCCAACUUUGGAGAAGUGACGUUCACGGACGCCUCUGCUACAGACUCUGCGGGAACUGUUAAUGGCAAUGGUGCCACAAUUAUAGACAUGCAGGAUCAGACUGGAAAUGUUCUCACUGAUUGUUCUGCCAGCGGAAGCCAGGUCUCUUGCACUUACAAUGGCAACUGA